AUGGCGACUGCGCAGAAUGGCGCCGAUUCCGACGAAUGGGAGUACGAGUACAGCACGACAGAGACUCAGGAUUUCUUCGUGACGCUCGAUCUCACGUCGCGCAUCGCGCCUAUGCAGUCCAAGAAGGGCUUCGUCCGCCUGGAACACGACAUUUUUGCCGCCGACGACGAGACGGACAAGGACGGGCAGCAGGCGUCUCAGCAAGAAGACACCCCCGAACCAGCAGAAAAAAACGCUACCCCGCACAAGGAACCAACGCCCGAGCCAGAAGAGCACGAUCGCAUUCAAAUUGUGGGGCUCCACGACGACAAUCCCAUCGUAUCGUACCAGGGCCAAAUAUACACCUGUCAGUGGGCAUCGACGAUCGGCACAGACCUUCUCUUCACGAAGGCGCCCCCGCCGGAAGACCGGGAAGACCGGGUGGCCGAGCCGCUACGCAAGCUCGGUACUUUUGACCUGCUUGGAGCAAGCUCAACACGUCUCGUUGCUUCCGCGGCAAAGUUAAGGCCUAGGUCCGGUCCGAGCAGGGUAGAGAAAUCCCAGUCAGCUCCCAAUGCCCACUCCUUCGCACCCAUCGAGAAUCCAGGCAAUAUAGAGGUCGUCAAAUUCCCGGUCCCAGAGUAUGCCACACGCGCACAGAGACGUCAGGCGAGUUUCCUCGAGAAGUUGAGUGCCGUCAAAACCCGGCUCGGGGAGAAAGACAAAGUCAAACCGACAGCGUAUACGAGCCGCGGGGGCGGGCUGAAGCCUGGAGAAGACGACGGCACGCAAGGCCAGCGCGUUUUCGUGACAUCCCCGAGCCCGCCUCGAGUCGGCGAUUUCACCUUCAUCACCGAAGACGGAAGCGAUCCGCCAAGUCCACGGCAGAGCCCCAAGCGGAAGCUGUCCCCAGCUAAAGAGCGGUCUCCGAGCAAGCGAGCACGUCGUGGAGCAGCCAAACGGGCCUCGCCUUCUCGUGCGAGAAGGACAGCACGUGCGCUACAGAAUGUCAGCCCGUUAAGGAAUGAGCUACCUGGUGCUGCAGGUCCAAGUACGGAAAGCGUUACGCCUGCUACCUGGGACGAGCUCGACCUGGGCGACGACGCAACCUGA